UUUUACCAGCUCGUAAAUCCGCUUGGCGUCCUUCACUCGUCGACUUGUCCUUUUUUGUCAAACGAGCUCAGUCUCAUUGCCCCUUUUGUUUGCUCCUCUCAACAGUUUUCUUUUAAACUCUUCCUCCCCUUCUUCUUUUCAGUCCAUGAAGGUCUUUCAGAUCUCUGCGGUGGUUGCUGCGCUGCUCGUCGCAUCCAGCGUUGGCCUGGACAACGGGCUUGGGCGUACACCGCAAAUGGGAUUCAAUACUUGGAACCAUUUCGGCUGCAACAUUAGCGAGGCGCUCAUCCGCAGCACCGUGGACGUCAUGGUUGCCACUGGACUGUCAGCUGUCGGAUACAAGUACAUUAACCUGGACGAUUGCUGGGCGGUCAACCGUACGGCUGCAGGCGUUAUCGUCGCCGAUCCGGUCGCAUUCCCGAGCGGCAUUGCAGCACUGGCCAGCUAUGUGCAUUCCAAGGGCAUGCUUUUCGGCCUGUACUCGGACGCUGGCACCAAGACCUGCGCCGGUCGCCCCGGAUCGGUCGGGUAUGAAAAGAUUGACGCGCAAACGUACGCUGCAUGGGGCGUGGACUACCUAAAGUACGACAAUUGCAACGCUCCUGCAGACCAGACCCCUCAGGUUCGCUACAAUGCCAUGCGCGAUGCCUUGAACGCGACCGGCCGCCCGAUCUUCUAUUCCAUGUGCGACAGCAUCGACGAUCCUUCCGCAUGGGCGAAGCCGGUCGUGAACAGCUGGCGCACCGCCAGUGAUAUUAGCGACAGCUGGAGCAGCAUUAUGAAAAUUGUCGACAAAAACGAGCCAUUGUGGAAGAUUGCAGGCCCCGGUGGCUGGAACGAUCCCGACGUGUUGGAAGUUGGCAACGGCGGGCUGUCGACCACCGAGUACACUUCCCACUUUACGCUCUGGGCGCUGAUGAAGGCUCCGCUCAUCUUCGGCUGCGAUGUUACCAAAAUGACCAACGACACUCUGCGCAUUCUGACCAACACUGAGGUGAUUGAGUGGAACCAAGAUUCGUUGGGAAUCCAGGGUCAUCGCGUCAAGCGCGGCCUCCUCUCGGAAGUUUGGAUGGCGCCCCUUGCCAAUGGCCGCUUUGCUGUUGUGCUGUUCAACACUGAUCCGCUGCUGAGUGCCCACAUGACCGUGACCUGGGCCGAGCUUGGUCUCACUGCCGGCAGCAAGUACACUGCUCGUGAUGUUUGGCAGCACAAGAACGUUGGGUUGUAUGCUGGCACUUUCGACGCACAAGUCGCUCCGAAGGGCGUGGUGGCUGUCACCCUCGUCCCCGCCUAAAGACACGAUGGUUUGAAAAGUGGGUGCGAUUGCCGAGUUCUUGAGGCGUUGUGGGCAGUUGCUAAAAAGUACAAAAAUUGGGGGUAGUUGCCAACGAAGAACUCGAUUAUCAAAGCCACACGUGAAGCGAACAAUUUCAACGAGCA